CAUGGAUUCAUGGUAUCUGCCUUGGCUUCUGGUCUUUGGUGCUCUUCUCAUGAUUUCCGGCUUGCCAACUCCGGACAAUUUUGUUAAAGAUGUAGAUGGUGGAACUGAUAAGGACAUAUUUGAUAUCAAUGAAGAUUUGGGAUUGGACCUUUUUGAGGGUGAUAUCAAACUUGAGGCACAAGACAGGAAUUCCAUCAUUGGAGAAACGUAUAGAUGGCCUCAUACCAUUCCAUAUGUUCUAGACGAUAGCUUGGAAAUGAAUGCCAAGGGAGUUAUCCUCAAUGCAUUUGAACGCUAUCGCCUGAAAACAUGCAUUGACUUCAAGCCUUGGACUGGAGAAGCUAACUAUAUAUCAGUGAUCAAGGGCAGCGGCUGCUGGUCUUCAGUGGGAAACAGGCGCGUUGGGAAGCAAGACCUUUCCAUCGGAGCCAAUUGCGACAGAAUAGCAACUAUUCAGCACGAGUUCCUCCAUGCUCUGGGAUUCUGGCACGAGCAGUCGCGUUCUGAUCGGGAUGACUAUGUGAGCAUAAUUUGGGACAGAAUUCUGUCAGGCAGAGAGCACAACUUUAACACCUAUAAUGACCAAGUAUCGGAUUCCUUGAAUGUCCCCUAUGACUACACUUCAGUAAUGCACUAUAGUAAAACUGCAUUCCAAAACGGAACGGAGCCAACGAUUGUAACAAGAAUCUCAGACUUCGAGAACGUGAUUGGCCAACGGAUGGAUUUCAGUGAUUCCGACCUCCUAAAGUUGAAUCGGCUAUAUAACUGCUCCUCUUCCUUGAGUUUUAUGGACUCCUGCAGUUUUGAAUUGGAAAACGUGUGUGGCAUGAUCCAAAGUUCAGGAGACAGUGCUGACUGGCAACGAGUUUCACAGGUUCCCAGUGGGCCAGAGACCGAUCACUCCAACAUGGGCCAGUGCAAAGAUUCUGGUUUCUUCAUGCAUUUCAACAGUAGCUCUGUAAAUAGAGGGGACACAGCGGUGCUGGAAAGUAGAACUCUGUACCCUAAAAGAGGAUUUCAGUGCUUGCAGUUUUAUUUAUACAACAGUGGAAGUGAAAAUGACCAGCUGAAUAUCUACAUCAGGGAGUACUCCGCAGGCAACGUGAAUGGGAGCUUAACCCUCGUGGAAGAAAUAAAAGGCAUACCCAUUGGGAAUUGGCAACUUUACCAUGUAACGUUAAAUGUGGCCAACAAAUUCCGAGUGGUAUUUGAAGGACUCAGAGGCUCUGGUGCAUCACUGGGUGGUCUGUCUAUCGAUGACGUCAAUCUUGCAGAGACACGAUGCCCUCAUCAUAUCUGGCAGAUAAGGAAUUUCACAGAACUGAUUGGCAGCCCAAAUGGAAUUCUACAUAGCCCUCCAUUCUAUUCUUCUAAAGGUUAUGCGUUUCAGAUUAAAUUGGAUCUUACAGGUUCGACUAACGCAGGGAUAUAUUUCCACUUGGUCUCUGGAGCCAACGAUGAUCAACUAGAGUGGCCGUGUCCUUGGCAACAAGCCACAAUGACACUCCUGGAUCAAAAUCCUGACAUUCGGCAGCGUAUGUCCAACCAGCGGAGUAUAACUACGGACCCCUUUCUGACAACUGAAAAUGGAAACUAUUUUUGGGACAGGCCUUCCAAAGUGGGAGAAGUGGCUAUUUACCCUAAUGGAACUCAAUUUAUAAGAGGUAUGGGCCUUGGAACCAGUGCCUUUAUAACCCAUGAGAGGCUGAAAAGCAGAGAGUUUAUAAAAGGAGAUGAAGUUUAUAUUCUACUUACAGUGGAAGACAUAUCGCACCUCAAUUCUACACAAAUUCAACCAGUCCCAACCUCUGAAGUCAAAGACCUCUGCUCAGAAGUCAGGUGUGAGAAUGACGGCAUCUGCACUAUCCGAAACGACAAGGCCGAGUGCAGGUGCGCAUCAGGCGACGGCUGGUGGUACAUGGGGGAGAGGUGUGAGAAGAGGGGCUCGACCCACGACACUGUCGUCAUUGCUGUUUCUUCCACCAUUGCUGUGUUCGUCCUGAUGCUGAUCGUCACCCUCGUCAGUGUCUAUUGCGUCAGAAAGAAAUAUCUGAAGAGGACCAGUGAAAAGAGUGCAAAUGCAACUAUGGAAAAUGAACAUAGUUUUUGAAGAUUAACUCAACAAUAUGGCCAGAAAAUGAAAUUAAGAAGGAUUUUUCAUCAUGGAUCCACCUAAGCUAUAUUACAGCCACUGCAUUCUUCUAUAAAUGAACCUUUGCUGUAAAUAGCUGCAUAUAGUAUAAAUCAUUAUUUUGGUUAAAGUCAACCUACUAAAAUACUGUUUGUCUUUCUUUCUUUUCUCUCUCUCUUUUUU